AUGUUGCUUAAUGCCAUGACUAACAUUCACCAUGAUAGCGUGUAUCGUUACCUCCGUCUGAUAGUCAACAUCUUCGCUUUUACGAAACUACGGCCAAUCCCUACUCCCGACAAUCCUCGUCUAGGAUCUCAGGAUGUCACGGUCAUCAUCCCGUCAAUCGAAGGCCAUGGUAAAGUACUCCUGGAAACCAUCGAGAGUAUCCUCCGAACAGAGCCCUUCGAGAUCGUAGUUGUGACCACAGAUGGCAACUCAGCAGCAGCUUGGCAGAUGGUCAGGCAGAUGGGGUCGCCCAGGGUGAGAGUGCUUAGCAUUGCUUAUCCGAACAAACGCCAUCAAAUGGUCCGAGCAAUUCCAGAAGUGAAGACCAAUGUCACCAUCUUUGCGGAUGAUGAUGUCUUGUGGCCCGGCAAGUUGUUGCACUGGAUGCUUGCUCCCUUGGAAGACGAGAGCUUUGGGGGUGUUGGUACGAAUCAGCGCCUUCGGCGUGCAGAGUCCCCCAAAUUCCGACAACGGAUCUACGCUUAUCUCAAUGCUCUUUACCUUGAACGCAGAAACUUCGACUGUGCAGCAUGCAUGUACAUGGAUGGCGGCCUUCCGUGUUUGUCAGGCAGAACUGUUGCUUACCGCACGAGCAUUCUCCAGGAUGAAAGUUUCAAACACAGCUUCACACACGAAGAGUGGCUCGGAAGGUAUCGUCUGAAUGCAGACGACGACAAUUUCAUGACACGGUGGUUGGUAACGCACAACAAGAAAAUUGCUUACCAGUAUCACAAAGACGCAGAGGUCCUGACGACCUUGGAGGAUAAUCCCAAAUUUGUGAAGCAGUGUUUGAGGUGGGCCCGAAGCAAUUGGCGAAGCAACAUCACGAGCAUGUUUUGGGACAAGCAAAUUUGGAGGUAG